GCCUUCGUCAGACCAGACGCAGGGUACAGACAACAACAGUGACAGACCGAGUGAGAAAGACCGCAUUUCUUUUUUUUGCUUUCAGUUAUGGGUGUAGUCUGAUGAGUUUGAAAUACUAAUUGCACUGCAGCUUUACCUCGAAGUUUUAUCCUCAUGAAGGAGCUCCGUCCUGGCUGAGUUGGGAGAUGGGAGUACUUAACAUCACAGACCAGCCUCCUCUGGUCCAGGCCAUCUUCAGUCGUAAUACUGAAGAAGUUCAACUGUUAUUGCACAGAAAAGAAGAUGUCAAUGCACUGGACCAAGAGCGCCGCACACCACUUCAUGCUGCUGCCUGUGUGGGUGAUGUCCAAAUUAUGGACCUCCUCAUUGAAUCAGGUGCCAGCGUAAAUGCUAAAGACAACGUUUGGUUGACCCCAUUGCACAGGGCGGCUGCUUCAAGGAAUGAAAGGGCGGUGGGUCUUCUGCUGAGGCGCGGAGCUGAGGCAAACACGAGAGACAAGUUCUGGCAGACGCCGCUACAUGUGGCUGCGUCCAACCGGGCCACUCGCUGCGCUGAGGCUCUGCUGACCCAGCUGAGCAACUUGAACAUGGCAGAUCGCACUGGUCGGACAGCCCUGCACCAUGCGACAGAGAGCGGUUUCCAAGAGAUGGUGAAGCUGCUGCUGAACAAAGGAGCCAACCUGAGUGCCAUUGAUAAGAAGGAGAGACAACCUAUUCAUUGUGCUGCUUUUUUGGGACACUUGGAGGUUGUGAAAAUGCUGGUAUCCCGUGGCGCUGACAAGAGCUGCAAGGAUAAGCUGGGUUAUACACCUCUCCAUGCUGCUUCUGCAAGCUGUCACAUCGAAAUUGUAAAGUACCUUCUGAGGAUGGGAACAGAGAUUGAUGAACCCAAUGGCUUUGGAAACACCGCGCUCCAUGUGGCCUGCUACAUGGGGCAGGAAGCUGUGGCCACUGAACUGGUGAACCAUGGAGCUAACGUCAACCAGCCCAACAAGUGUGGCUUCACCCCUCUGCACCUGGCUGCCGUCUCCACCAAUGGUGCCCUGUGUUUAGAGUUGCUGGUCAACAAUGGGGCCGACGUCAACCAGCAGAGCAAAGAAGGAAAGAGCCCCCUGCACAUGGCAGCCAUUCAUGGACGCUUCACGCGUUCUCAGAUCCUCAUCCAAAAUGGUGGGGAAAUUGAUUGUGUGGAUAAAUAUGGCAAUACCCCCCUCCACGUCGCUGCUAAGUAUGGCCAUGAACUGCUGAUAAGCACUCUGAUGACCAAUGGAGCAGACACGGCCAGACGUGGGAUCCAUGGAAUGUUCCCCUUGCACUUAGCUGUGCUGUACGGGUUUUCGGACUGUUGUCGCAAGUUACUCUCCUCAGGUCAGCUGUAUAGUAUAGUUUCAUCUAUGAGUAAAGAGCAUGUGCUAUCAGCUGGGUUUGACAUCAACACCCCUGACAACUUUGGGAGAACCUGUCUGCACGCUGCUGCCUCUGGAGGAAAUGUUGAAUGUCUGAACUUACUCUUAAGUAGCGGUACUGAUCUGAACAAGAGAGACAUAAUGGGAAGGACACCAUUGCACUAUGCGGCUGCUAAUGGGAGGUACCAGUGCACUGUGUCCCUGGUUAAUGCUGGUGCUGAGGUUAAUGAACAAGACCAGACUGGCUGUACUCCCCUGCACUACUCUGCUGCCUCGCAAGCCUUCAGCAGAACUGAUCGUCAUUAUUCUGGGAACCAUCAAAUUACUGAGGAUGAGACAAAGGAGUCCUACUUUUGCUUGGAGCAUCUUUUGGACAAUGGCGCUGAUCCAUCUAUGGUCAACUCAAAAGGUUACAGUGCUGUUCACUAUGCAGCUUACCACGGCAACAAGCAGAACCUGGAGCUGCUAUUGGAGAUGUCAUUUAAUGCACUUGGAGACAUAGAGAGCAGCAUCCCAGUCAGUCCUCUCCAUCUUGCUGCUGAUAGAGGCCACUGGCAGGCCCUACGCGUCCUCACAGAGACGGCAGCUUAUGUGGACAUGCAGGAUGCUGCUGGCCGCUCUGUGCUCUAUUUGGCAGCUCAGAAAGGCUAUGCACGCUGUGUGGAGGUGCUUUUAGCUCAGGGGGCAUCCUGUUUGCUCAAUGACAACCAUCUUAUGUGGACUCCAAUUCAUGUUGCAGCUGCAAAUGGCCACUCUGACUGCCUGCGCAUGAUGAUUGAAUACGGAGAGGAGGGGGAUCUCAUCAAUAUCGUGGAUAAAUUUGCCCAAACCCCUUUAAUGCUUUCUGUUCUGGGAGGUCACUCUGAUUGUGUUCACUUCCUGUUGGAGAAAGGUGCUCAACCAGACGCUAAGGACAAGAGAGGACACACGGCUUUGCACAGAGGGGCAGUUUUGGGACAUGAUGACUGUGUAGCAGCUCUGUUGGAGCACAAAGCUUCUCCGUUAUGUCGGGACGCCCAGGGUAGGACACCGCUGCACUAUGCUGCCUCCAGAGGCCACACAGACAUACUGGCCAGUCUGGUGCAGGCCGCCGUGGCAACUGACCCACAGGAUAAACUGCUGGACAACAAACAAUACACCCCAAUACACUGGGCUGCCUACAAAGGGCAUGAAGACUGUUUGGAGGUUUUACUUGAAUUUAAAACACUUAUUCAUGAAGAGGGAAACCCUUUCACUCCCCUGCACUGUGCUCUGAUGAACGGCCACAGCGGCGCUGCAGAGAGGCUGCUGGAAUCUGCCGGAGUCCAUAUGAUCAACACCAGAGACGCCAAAGGAAGGACCCCCCUGCAUGCAGCUGCAUUUUCUGAGGAUGUUGCAGGACUUCAGCUGGUGCUUCGCCACGGGGCAGAGAUCAACGCCGUGGACACAAGUGGACGCUCUGCUCUGAUGGUAGCUGCUGACAGGGGACUUAGCGGCACUGUGUCCAUCCUCCUCCACCGAGCCAAGGCUGAUUUGACACUGCUGGAUGAGAACAGGAACACUGCCCUGCACCUGGCCUGCAGCAAGGGCCAUGAGAUGUGCGCUCUGCUGAUUCUGGGAGAGAUCCACAACCCCACUCUCAUAAAUGCCACCAACAGUGCUCUGCAAAUGCCCCUCCAUCUUGCAGCUCGUAACGGCCUGGCCACGGUGGUGCAGGCACUGCUGAGUAGAGGAGCUACAGUGCUUGCUGUGGAUGAGGAAGGCCACACCCCAGCUCUGGCCUGCGCGCCCAACAAGGAUGUGGCCGACUGCCUGGCUCUGAUCCUGUCUACCAUGAAGCCUUUCCCUCAGCGGGACCCCUCCUCCUGCUCCUCCUCCUCGCCCACCGUUCCCUCCUCCGCGGGUCUCAACUUGCUGAAGCACUGCGGCAUCACCGCCGCCUGUUCCCCUCUUCCCAGCAAUGGCCUCCACAACGGCUACGUCAAAGACCGCCAUGGUGCACCGGUCAGCCUGGACGGGUGUCUGUCCGAGUGAGGUCGCCUGACCCUCUUCAAACUCGGUCAGCUGCUAUCAACAUCACCACCACCAGGGGGCGACUACCUUAAACAUGGUCAAGAGGACCAGAAGAGCACCCACCCACAUGUCUGUUUUUCUCUGUAUGUACGUGAUCGUUUGUCUGCGUGAGCGUUUGGUCUUCUCUUGAGGUGCAGUCAAACCUAUUAUGCAAUUAGAUCCCAUUCCUCCAUCUCCUGGUAGUGCUUAAUGCAAAGAGGCAGAUCACUCUACAAGGUCACUAAGAUGAGGCAUUUAAGAUAAACACUAGCAAUCUGGCCAUCUCUAAAUUAUUUAACCCUUUAAAACCCUGCUGACAAUAUAACCAGCUUUUCAGAGCAUGGAGGUCUCUCUAUCAGCUGUCAUUUCCUUCAUAUCAUGUAAUAGAAGUCAUAUCAUGUUUAACCAAUAAGGUGACCUUGUAGAGGAUCAUACAGCCUUCCCAAAAGAAUGAUCAAAGAGUUUUUUUGUUUGUUUUUUUUUUUUUUUGUCUAUUAGCCUAGAUUUUUAUGAAGGAACCACACAAGGGAAAGUCAAAGGUUUUGCUUCAGAGUGCAAUGCUUUUUUGUACUACAGUACAAUCUGAAAUUAGGAGAAAAGGGUCAUAAAGUUGUUAAAUCUUUAGCUUACUCUAAACUUAUGGCCUAGAAUUGUUUGGCAUUUUAAGAUGAUUUGGUAAACGCUGCUGAAUUCAUUAGCAUGUCUCCUUCCAAAGGAGAGCCAUUCUAGGGGUCAGCACCAUAACAUCCUAAAGUUCUGAGUGCUGGCCCUGUUUUGUUGGGGUUUUUUAAGAUGCUAAAUAAGUGUUCGUUAAGCUAGAAUGUUUCUAAGCAUAUAAGUUAUGACCAAAGUUGAUCAACACUACUAUGGCUAUAAAUUAUUUAUUUGAGAUGAACUGUACUGUAUAGAGAAAGACAGUAGAUCUUGAUAUACCUCGUCAACUCGUUUAGCAGCUGCUUCAUCUUCACCCAGGGUCCGUAGGCCUAACGUUCUCUUCUAUAUUUUCUUUUUUUUUGUAAGACUUAGAGAACUGCUGUAGGAUAGUGACUGACUGAGGCCUUGUUUAUUUCUAGAUGAAGGCUUUACUAGUAAUAUCUGCCAACAACACCUCAUCGAAGCAUCUUUUAUCUGAGCACAUAAAUGAACAAGCCAUUUCAAUUUAUUUCCCAUCUCUUUAACAGUGUUUUCCAGAGAAGAUUUCCCAAUUUAAAAUGCCUGAUUACUGAAAAAUAGCAAUCAGUCUCAUUUUUAGGCACUAACGAUUUUUUUUCCUUUUUGUUUAUUUUAAUUUUUUUCAGUGCAUGUGUCUUUAAAUUAUCGGCUGGCCAUUAACGCGUUAGCUCUCGCUAACAGUAUUUCAUGGAGCUAUUGAAUUUGUCUUAAAAAUCUACAUCACAGCUUCUUGGUGGUGAGAUGAUUAGUUUGAAAAAAUAGUCUUCUUUUUAUUAUUAUUUGGCAGUUUCCAAGCAAUAUUUUCUUUUUGCCUUUUUGUUGAGCAUUAUUAAAUAGACAAUCACUGUCAAGGGCUUUUGUUUCCCUAGAAUGUGUUUUUGGUUUCCUUUUUUUGUUUUGUUUCCCCAUUUUGUUUUACCUAAAGACUAAACGAAUGGCUCUGUGCGUGCCGGGCAUUUUACUGUCAGUGUCAACCUAAAUGCACUGGAUUGCCUUUGUGGCAUCUCAAGAAAUGCCUUUUGACCCAUGCCUUCUACGACGCUUCAUUUCAGUUGGAUUGCUUAGUGGCAGAAGGUGACGAGCCCUGAGAGCGAUUAUGUUGCCGCCCACCCAAUGGCCGCGGCGUUUAACUACAGCUACACCAUCGUAUCUAAUGUUUUAAAUGCAUAAAUAAAUGCUUGGCUUAUCUUUACUCUCUGGCAUUGCUGGUAAAACGGGGAAGUCAUUAUCUCUCUGAGGGGAAAAAAAAAAAAAUAGGGCUAAGAAGAGAAGGAACAUCUUUGCCUUGGCCAGUCCCUGUUUAGAUUUCAGGAAGAGCAGAAAUCCAAAUAUGUGCUUUUUUAUUUGUAUUAAUUUUGUUGCCUCCUCAUCCCAUUUUCUGGUAUUAAGCAUACUAAAGAUGAUUGUAACAGACCACUAGAGCUGUUGGUGACUCUUAGAUGUUUUAUCUAUGCUAUUUAGUUGUUGAGCCGUCUGGCGGUGGUUAGCUUACACCGAGUCAGAUGGGUUUCCUUGGUGUCCACUGGUAUUGAAGUGGCACAAUUGCACACGUUUAUUUGACUUGACAAGAGGAGAGGACCUAGACUAGGCUUUGUUGUUGAAUACACUUAACUAAGGAAAACAUGCUUUCACAUUGCGUAAUAAACUUGAUUUUGUUUUGUAUUUUAAACUGACAAACAUACUUUAGAGAGCAGCAGUCUCGAGUUAGAGCUGUAGAUUAAUACUUUAUUCAACCUCAAUAACUGACUGAAACAGGAGAUUUGUUCUCCUUUUAGAAAGGCUGUAAUGUUAGUUGGGGCUUUUCCAGAAAACCAGUUCCAGUGCUAAACUGUUGCUGUUGCUUAUUUGGCACCAGUUAUUUGUGAAUCAAACCCUCCCAGCUCUCGAUCUGUAAAUGAUUAAUUGGUUUGUUAUUUGCACCAACUGAAAUAAAAGAAGCUCUUUGAUCAGAAGCAGUAAAAAAAAAAAAAAAGACCUUUGCUUCAACAGUAAAAGAUUGUUUAUAGGUACAGGCGGCAAAUGAGACCUUUUCUCUUAAAUAUAUUAAACUCUUAUUUCCUGAUUGGUCAUUAAACGUAUUUUUGCUGUAAUUGGAUACGGUUAAGAAAUCAUGCUCUACUCGCUAACUGCAGUUCCUGCCGGUAUUAAUCUUAAACCGGAGUUGCUCAAUUAACAUGGUGGUAUAUGUUUGCACUGUUAAGGAAAGAGGUAAAUGUAAUUUGUCUAGUUAUACUUUCUGAGAUCAACCUAGAAAAUUAAAGAUAAAAGUGAUGGAAGAUCAGGAAUAGACUGAAUGAGAUGUAAACCUUGCUCAGGUUGAGCACUGGAACCAUUUUGUUGAAAACCCCCCUUUUGAGCACUGAGGGUAGGUACAUAUUUUUACUGUUCCUCUCAGGAUUCCUGCUAAAGCAGCAGGUGAGUUUCUUAAUUCCAUCAGACCUCUUAAGUCUAAAUUUUGUUAUUAAGCCAAGAAGUUCCAAAAGUCAAUAAAAAAAAUAAUAAUCUUACAGCACUUAAUCAUAGUCAAGCACGCACUUUAGUACGUUCAGGUUCUAAGUGUGCAAAGUAGAGCAGAUUUAUUGUAUGUACUUAUGUUUACAUGCAUGUGUUGCUGCUGCAUACAGGAAAUGAUGAGAAAGCUGAAGAAAAUAAGCAAAGGCUGCAACUAAAUUGUACUCCAACCAUGCAUUAUUUAAAGCUAUAUAUAUUAAAGAAAGGGUGGGUUUUAUUUAGCACUUGGGCACAGUGUCCACUGCCUGAUGACUUGUGUUAUCUCUUCCCAUCACCCAGCCUAUUGUAAACAAUACAGACUCUGGCCCAAGUCUUGUAAAGUCACUACUGAGAUUAAAGCGACACCUCAGGCAGAUGGGCUUCACUAAAUGUUCUCCAUAUCAACUCUGCCAUCUGUAGGUGCUGUCAGGCGGGCCUGGUUUUAGGCAGGGAGUUUUUUUUUUCUCUCAUAAUGUCCUUAUCUGUGUAGUAAAAGGAGCUGUUGCCCUGUGCAAUGACGCUUGAUGUGAUUUUUUUUUUCCCUUUGUUAUACAUGCUUCUUUUUUUUCUCCUUUGAUCUCAUUUUACUUUUUCGUGUACCAGGGAUACCAGUGAUUGUGCAUGGAGCUUAGUCACAGCUGUGAUAUAGCUGAAAGCAUACUAUACAAUAUAUUAGUUAAGAGAAAACAAUGAAAGGUCCAAUUGUAGCAAUAGCGCGUGUGUGAGUGUGUAAUAGUGUGCAGCACAAAAAUUGCACUGCCAUCCAUUUUAGGCCAAUUCAGUAAAUCAUAGCAUCAAUGCCAAUGGAAGAUUCAAAUGCGGGUUAGAUGUCAUAUUUUAUCAAAAAUAAGGCCUGUUUGCCAAAAUGUGUUGAGAGAGGAAGGAGGGGAACGCCUCUCUAUUGAGCAGCAGUGGAUUUAUGCAUAUGUUCAAGCAGUUUACAGUCUGACCAUCAAAUCUGAGCCAUGAAUUUACUGACUGAAAUGAAUGUAGAGGUCAGUUCAGAGCACGACAGUUUGCUUUCUCCAGACUUUAAACUGUCUCUCUUCAUUUGUCUUGCGUAGAUAUAAAUAAACCAGUAGCAUGUAGAAAUAUAACUCUCUGAUUAUUCUUAUGUAUGUGUAGUAGUCUUCCUGCUUUGGAGAUCUGGAUAUGUUGGUAUGUUCUUUUUUUUUUUUAGUUUCUUAUCCCCUCUUUAGGUAUCUAUAGUGGAAAUAACGCAGCUGUAUAGAAAAUGACGCCUAAAUUAUACCAGUGUAGAUUUAUCAUUAAAAGUCAUCCAUUCCAUUGAGAUUGCCUUACACUACAGUAAAACAAGAGGGACAAAAAAAGGUCUACAGUAGAUGCGACACAUACUCAUUAAUAGCCUAUAUUUGACAAAACGCACCUAAUUUACACCCAUUUAGUGCCAUAGAAACCUUGAUUUGCCUUUUAGACCCGAAUCACAUUUGCUCGGUCAGUAACUUCCUCAAACUUAUACAGGAAGUUUUUUUUCUUUCUCUGAGCUGCAUGUCAUUAGGCCAGUUAUAUUACUCAAAAGAAGACUAUAUAAACAUGUGCAUGAGAAAAUAUUUAAAAACAAACAUUCUGUUAAAUCUUAGUGUUGGUAUAAUUCUAUUUUAUAAUUUGACUUUUUUUUUUUUUAUGAAUAUAGGUAGUCCCUUUAGUAUUGAAAGCAAUCCAUUGUUUGUGUGUUCAACAAGGUGGUUUAUAUUGUGUGUUACAAAGACAAAAAAAAACAACAUUUUUGAUGUCCAAGAAAAAAAAAGCAUAGUAUACAAUACCGAAUUGAUUUGCCUCAAUGGAUGUCUUGGUUUUUACUUGAAGUAAAUGGCAAAUUUCAAUUCAACUCUGAUCCACUGUUGAGCCUUUUGCCUUAAAAUGCUAUAACAGAAAAUAAAACCUGGCAGCACCAGACGUAACAUCUCCUAUAGAGUUAUGCUACUUGCUUUGAUUGCUUAGAAAUUGGCUACUUUCAGGUCCCGCAGUCGAGAAGCACACAGAUAAAUUAAGGUAGCAUCUCAAGGUUGCCAUGAGAUUGUUCUGAGAGGCUGGGAUUUCGCCAUAUUUUCCACUGUGAAUGAAUUCAGAAUUCACUUGUAAACAAUCAAACUAUGGCUUCUCUGUUAUCCAGAGCCAAGUGACACUGGGAAUUGAUGUUGUGUACCUCAAAAUAAAAUGUUAAGACAGGAAGGAUGCUUGUACAGCUAUGCUAACAAAGAGUAAAAAAAAAAAAAACAAAAAAAAAAAAAGUUGUAAAUCCAUCUUGUGGGU